GGGAAAGUCUAUACCAAGCCUCUCCCUCCAGCCCUCGUCCCCGCUUGACAUGGUGUUCCGGGUGGUGCUCACAUGACAGGCGGCGCGGGGCUAUCAACAGGCCGCCACUCUCGUCAUGGGACCUCAAGUUUAUCUCCGGCCACAGGGGUGGGGGAGGGCCUGGCUGGGGUGAGGCUUCAGGCCGGCGCCUACACCACCACAGGCAGCCUCCUGCACUCCGGGGCCACCGUCCUACCCACCCUCGAGCAGGUGAGCGUGUGUCUGCACCUGCGGCCCCUCCACCUGACGCGCGCCAUGCCCAUCAUCAGCUACAAUGCGAAGGACUCAUCGAGGGAGCUGUACCUAGGGCUGGAGGGCACGUCUUCCAGGCUGGUGUUCCAGUGUUGCGGCGGCAGCGUGGAGGAGAGCGUCGCGGUGCCCGUCAGCCUGUGCGAGUGGCAGCCCAUAUGCCUCGCCCUCCACCUGCUGGCACGCAACCUAACCUUCGCCUACAGCACCAUGGUGGAGCAGGUGCCUCUGAAGGUGGACGUGUCGAGGCUCGGGAGGCGGCGGCUGGAAGUGACAGGCGGCGAGAAGCUGGUGGUGGGGCAGAACACGGACUCCCUCGAGGGAAUGUUGGAUAUCUCGCGGACCCUUCAUGGCGCCGUGGCCGAUCUGCGCCUUUACAUUGUAGCCUUCACCCUGGCACAGAUCAGGAGCUUUAUGGGAUGCCUCAAGGACGACCUGUUCCUCCAGACAUCAGCGCUGGUAAGCCUCGAGCAGGGAAGCAUCGAGUCGCGCGGCCCCACCGAGGAGAUGGAGGUGGCGGCGGCCGAGGUGUGUGGCGGCGGCAGGAAGAGCUUCGCGAUGCUGUUCCCGCAGAAGAAGAACUUUAAUGACGCCUUGACCUGGUGUGAGAAGCUUCGCGGGGCGCUCUAGUUGGCCAGAACGUGUUUCCGCAGCAGCAGCAGCAGGGCGGUGCUGAGUCUGCCUUUGUUGCAGGUUCGUGCGGUUCAGCAGGACGUGCCAGGACAUGUGGCAGGCGCUGUUUCGGGUUGGGGCGCGUGGGAACUUGGAGGACAGGCGGUGGGUGAACCUAAGGGACGGGCAGCCCCUCACCUAGCACAAUAUCCUGACCCUCGCCUCCUCCGGCGUCACCCAGCAGUACCAGUGCAUCCUGGCAGGUGGCAAGCAGUCCCCCAACGAGUGGUACCACGCGCCCUGCAGCGUCAGCGCCUGCACAGUGUGUAACUUCACCACCUACCCAGAAAUACACCUCCGCGGGCUGUGCCACUCCUCGCUGUUUGACCGGUCGCUGUUCUUGCACGAUAAUAUACUUCAACAAGCAGCCGCUGUUUGACGGCGCCAUGUACAGCUGCGUGGCGUGGGUCAACGGCAGCUGGAUGAUGGAGAGCCGCCUCUACCCUGACCUGAGGGCCCGCAUGCUGGAUCAAGUGGAGUACCCCGUGGGG